CGCAAUCAGAGCCAGAGUCUGGCAGCAGCAGGUUGUUUCAGCCCAGAUAUGACCCAACUCUCCCACCCCAACCUGUCAAUCUCCAUCACCCUGCCGCAAUUCCAUAAUAUCACAGUCAACAUUUCAAAUCUCAUCAUGGCAGCCUCCAACAACCCAGAGGAGUUUAGGAUUUAAUGUGGCAUCAUAUAGAUACCUUACGUCUCACUGGACCAAUGUGAUCUGGGAUUGGAGCACAUGCUCUGAAAGGAGUCGCUCUUUAUAGUAGAGGUGCAAGUGGAAACAUUUGCCUUCCUCCUUCCUGGGCGUUAAAGGGCGUUGCCUCCUGGGAUGCAUUGGAUCUAUUAUGGAUUUUGGUCUUUCAUGUGACAUUUGAACAGAGAAGGGGGAGAAAGAGGAAAAGAGGAGGAGAAACUUUGGAGAAGUCUGAGGACCAACAAGGAGGGAAGGGAGGGGGGGAAGACAGGAAGAAGAGGGCAGGGUGAUGGGAAACAUCAAUCAGGCUUCUAAAAAGAACAGUAAAAAGAAGAAGGUAAUGUCACCCAUAGAACAAAGUGGUGCCCCAUUGGCUGCCGCCAUGCUGGGGGGACUGGGUGGUGCAGGGGAGAUGGACACAGAGGAUGAGGAGGAAGGAGGGAACGAGCGCGAGUUUGAUGAACCCCUGUGCGCGCUCGUUAAGAACUGCAACAUGCUGCACAACAUAGUCGGGCCUGCGUGUAUCUUCCUCAGACAGGGCUUCGCCCAAAGCCAGCUUGACAGAGAUCUACGACCAGAAGAGAUGGAAGAGCUGCGUGAGGCCUUCAGAGAAUUUGACAAAGAUAAGGACGGCUUCAUCAGCUGUAAAGACCUGGGCGAGUGCAUGAGGACUAUGGGAUACAUGCCAACAGAGAUGGAACUCAUCGAACUCAGCCAGCAAAUCUGUGGCGGCAGAGUGGAUUUUGAAGAUUUCGUUGAACUGAUGGGCCCCAAAAUGCUCGCUGAGACUGCAGACAUGAUUGGAGUCAAAGAGUUAAGGGACGCUUUCAAAGAGUUUGACUCUGAUGGCGAUGGUCAGAUUAGCCUUGGAGAGCUGAGGGAAGCUAUGAAGAAGCUAAUGGGGGAGCAGCUCAACCACCGUGAGAUUGAUGAGAUCCUACGAGACGUAGACCUCAAUGGGGACGGACAGGUGGACUUUGAAGAGUUUGUGAGAAUGAUGUCUCGUUGAACCUUCAGUAAACCUCACUCUGCUGCACUAAAUACAACACUGACAAGACUGUGGACUGUUACUGUUCUGUUCUGAUGCACAAAGACUUCUCGGUGUUUGCGAUAUUUUUUCAGUUACCUAAAACCUCUGGACCAUAAAAUAAUCCCUUAAAUGUGUUACUGGUGUAUGAAUUUGAUAUCUAUUAUGUGUGUAAUGAGAAAUCUUGAGCGGUGUUUCAGCAAGGAGAGACCAAAGCUGUGGUGUUUUUAAGUUAAUACAUAUUUAUAUGCAUUUGCAGAAGAAUUGCAUUUAAAAAGCAUUUAAAAGCCUGAUAAAAUAAGAUCAAAUCUGCACUGACUAGAUACUGUGAAAUUUCAAAUAUAAUAUGUAUUAUUUUUUGUUUCUUUGUUGUAUUCAUAAUGGGGUGAAUCAACAAUUUAAACAUGCAGUUUUGUAUGUUAUCUUAAUUGAAUCUGAAAGUUAAUGAAAAAUAAAUGUACGGUGGCCCUGAGAGGUCAAACUGAAAAAGAACAUGAAACACAGCAGAAUACAACACAACAGGAAUAGAAACAAGUUGCAGUGCGUUUGACCUCUCAGGGCCACCAUAUAAAUAUGAAUAUAAAGGUUUAUUUUCAGAAUUUCAGGAGUUUAAUUCCACAUCUAAAUAUUCAGCUUAAACUUGAAAGCAUUCUCUGAAUAUUUGAGUACACAUAGAAAUCAUGAAUGCUUUGUUAUGAGUGACAUAGAUAUUCAUUUUACAAAGUAACAUAAUUUUUAAUAUCUUUUUGAUACCUAUUUGAUAACACCAACUGGUGAUUUGUGUGUACUCAGUAAACAUCAGUUUCAUAUCCUUUUACCGUUUUCCCUAUUUGUAAAGUUUAUCUGACUACCUGUUUCAUAGCACAUGUUUAUUGUAUGCAAGCAUCUGCAGUACGCAUGUAUACCUCUUUAAUGUUUAAUUUGUACAGUGUUUAAUGGGUCAGAAAAUGCAUUGUAAAUAACAAAAACAAGUGAAAAUAAAUUAGUUUUUUUGGUCAGAUAACUCAUGACCAUAUCCUGAU